CUCCCAAGCUGAGACUUUUGUAGCUAUCAUAGCAAGAAGACAAAAAUACCUGGAGUAUCAAGAUAUCAGACCUGAAUCUCAAAAUAUGAAAAAGGAUGAAAAUAACCUGAUUAGUUUAGAGAAGCCCAGAAAAUUAUCAGAACUGAAUAAUGAUGAUUACAAUAUUGAUGAACAAAUCAUAGUCCAUGACUCAGAAGAUUUCUUAUCACUCUUAUCUUUGUAUUAUGUGGUGGUGGAUAACCUCUACGGAAGUACCAAUCAUCAAAAUGAAUAUAAAGACCGAUAUCUCUAUCAAAGGGCUAAAAAAACCUAUGCCCACAGAUACCAAAGACCCUAUGUUGUAAACAACCCUCUUCCUACUACCCCAAAGACUUCUCCAACUCCUGCUCAAACCCCACCACCCCAAAGAUGA